GAACACACUGGUGGGAGAGGCGGAGGGGGGUGGGGAAGGCGAGGAAUGUGGCGGUGCGCCUGCGCGUUAGCCUUGUUACAGGCUGCAGAGCGCGGCUGACGUCACGUGGUGCUCGGAGCAGCUCGGUGGCGCGGCCGAGAGAAGAGAGGAGAAAGCAGAGAAGGAAGGCGAGUGAGCCCGGGCCCGGCCACACUACGGAAGGAAAGGGCCUACACUCCAUACCUAGCGACGAAAAUAAUUUAAACAUCCGCAUCAUGUCCGCUGCCCAGGUGUCCUCAGCCCGGAGACAGUCGUGUUACCUCUGCGAUCUGCCCCGCAUGCCAUGGGCCAUGAUCUGGGAUUUUACCGAGCCCGUGUGCCGGGGUUGUGUAAACUACGAGGGGGCCGAUCGUAUAGAGUUUGUGAUUGAAACGGCGCGCCAGUUGAAGCGGGCUCAUGGAUUCCAAGAAGGCCGCUCCCCGGGACCGCCGCCUGUCAAAGUUCAGUCGUUGGGUGCCAGCAAAGACCCGGGUCAACAGCUCAACCACGUCGACGGUCCGAAUAAGGGGCCGCAGCCGCCUCUGGAUCGCUAUUCUCUGAGCGCCGAGAGACCUCGGUUCGAAUACCCGGGGCUCGCCCACGCAAGCAGGCUUCCUAAUGGCUUGAAUGGACCCAAUGGAUUCCCCAAAUCUGAGGAUGUCCCGCCGGAACUGAAUCGGCAGAGUCCUAAUUCAUCGCGUAGAAAUCACGGCAUCGUGCCCCCAGGCCCGGUGACGGUGCCGCCCAAUCUACUGCCUCAAACUACUCUAAAUGGUCCGACCUCAGGAGCCGUCAGCUCGCACGGUCUGCUCGGCCGGCCAUCUCCCUCCACGAGCCUCGCCGGGACCUCGCUGACCGUCAGUAGCCAGGUCCUGAGCGAUGUCAACAAGCGACCGGGCUCAGUGUCCAGCAGUGACCAGGAGAGGGAACUGAAGGAAAAGCAGCGUAAUGCCGAGACGCUGGCAGAGCUUGGCGAGAGUUUGCGGAACCGCUCCGAGGACUGGGUGAGCAAACCCAAGAUCGUGCGGGAGACGCUGCUCACACUGUCCAACUGUAACCCCUUCGACGUGCGCUUUAAAAAGGACCACUCUCUGCUUGGUCGGGUGUUCGCUUUCGAUGCCGUUUCCAAGCCCGGGAUGGACUACGAGCUGAAGAUCUUCAUCGAGUACCCGAGCGGCUCAGCUAAUGUCUUCUCCAGCGCCUCGGGAGUGGCCAAGCAAAUGUACCAAGACUGCAUGAAGGAUUUUGGUAGGGGCCUCUCAUCGGGCUUCAAAUACCUAGAGUAUGAAAAGAAACACGGUUCCGGGGAUUGGCGGCUAUUGGGUGACUUGCUACCGGAGUCGGUGCGUUUCUUCAAGGAGGUUGUAGGGGCCGACAUGCUACCACAGCCUCACAUUGACGCCAAUUGCCCCAUUUUGCCCACCGCUCUGUGCAACCUGUCGCGUCCGCCUCCCGGCAGUUCCAGGCCUGGGAUGCGCAAACGGAAAGCAUCUCCCGAGCCCGACCCGGAAACCGGCAGCGUUAAGGAAGAGCGGCAGCAGCAGUGGUUGCCGAACCAAAAUGAAGCCUUAAAGCUCACCAUGGCGGCAUCUGGUGCCUUUGGAGCAGGCGGAGUGGCGCAUGGAGCUCCCCCUCUUCCACCGAAUCGGACCACCCCUCCUGAAUGCAGCCCCCAAAACGGACAAUCCCCCAUGGCCGCUCUCAUGUCUGUUGCUGACACCCUUGGAAAUGCCCACUCGCCAAAAGACGGCAGCAAUUCAGUACAUUCAACCACUACAACUAACACCAGGCGGAACAGCAACAGUCCGGUGUCCCCAGCGUCGGGAGGCAGCCAGCGCCGCAUGGUGUCGAGGAAUGGAGAUGUUUCUCUAUCUGUGGCCCCUCCCAACAGCCACCCCAAUCCCAGCAUUGAUCCCGUUCACCCCCCAAACAUUCCGGACUCUCCAAUGGCCAACAAUGGCCCCCUGUGCUGCACCAUUUGUCAUGAACGUUUGGAGGACACUCACUUUGUGCAAUGUCCGUCGGUGCCCAAUCAUAAAUUUUGUUUCCCAUGCUCUCGAGAGAGUAUCAAGGCUCAGGGGGCAAAUGGAGAAGUUUAUUGCCCCAGUGGAGAAAAAUGCCCAUUGGUAGGUUCAAAUGUUCCUUGGGCAUUCAUGCAAGGAGAAAUUGCUACAAUCUUGGCCGGGGACGUUAAGGUCAAAAAAGAGAGAGACCCUUAAUUUUUGUUUAAACUUCACUAAUUGAAGUCAAAUGUGAAUAAGAACUAAACAUUUAGUCUUAUGUACAGACAUUUUUCAUUUUACGUCGUAUGUUUCUAUAUUUUGAAACAAGGUAUGUACUCUUCUUCAAUUGAAGGAUGACCCUGGUUUUAUUAAAGAAUAUCCGAUAUUAUUGCUUAAUACUGUUUUCACUUAUUGAUGGCAGUGUGUUGGCUAGGUACAGAAUCAUAGCACUUAGCAAUUAACGCUGCUGGUGUGUAUUUGUAAAUGUAUGCACUUCGCUGAAUUGCCAAGGCCAGUGUUGACGCCUGCAGAAAUGCAAACAAAUUGUUACAAAGAAUGGUUACAGUUAUGUUACAAGCCCUGGGGAUAGUCUCCUAAGUGACAUUUUUUUAAAAAAGGUGAGGGGUUCUUUUUAUUAGUUUCCAAGGGCAAAUAUUUCAUUUUAUGAUUCAGUGAUCUGAAUUUUUAUAAUGUGUUUUUUUUUGCUUUAUGGAUGCACGAAUGCUUUAAAUAGUAGAGCAAAAUGCUGUACUGUAUAUGAAAAAUUGCUCUGUUUGUUCUUUAUACAUUUCUGUAGUAACAGAAGACUGUAAUGUGCCUUGGAGCUGAAUAAAUUGUAAUAAAUUCAAUGAAUAAG